UUCACUCUCAUUUCUGGCUCUAUAAGAGCACAGCAUUAAAGGCUAGCACCCCUAGUGGAAACCUCUUCAGCAUUUGCUUAGGAUCAGCAAGCUGAAAAUAAAAUCAACCUGGAUCCCAGCUCUUCAGAAUUGCAGGGAAACAGCCAUCAUGAGUGAGGUCACCAAGGAGUCGUUGGAGACAAUCCUUCCACAGCUGAAAUGCCAUUUCACCUGGAACUUAUUCAAAAAAGAAAGUAUCUCGCAUGAUCUAGAAGACAGAGUGUGGAGCCAGAUUGAAUUUUUAAACACAGAGUACAAAGCUACAAUGUACAACUUAUUGGCCUACAUAAAACACCUACAUGGUCAAAACGAGGCAGCCUUGGAAUGCUUACGGCAAGCUGAAGAGUUAAUCCAGCAAGAACACACAGGCCAGGCAGAAAUCAGAAAUCUGGUCACCUGGGGAAACUAUGCCUGGGUCUACUACCACAUGGGCCGGCUGUCAGAAGCCCAGAUUUAUGUAGACAAGGUAAAACAAACCUGCCAGAAGUUUUCAAAUUCUUACAGCAUUGAGUGUCCUGAGCUUGACUGUGAGGAAGGAUGGACAAAACUAAAGUGUGGAAAAAAUGAAAGGGCAAAGGUGUGUUUUGAGAAGGCCCUAGAAGAAAAACCCAACAACCCGGAAUUCUCUUCUGGACUGGCAAUUGCCAUGUACCAUCUGGAUAAUAACCCACAGAAACAGUUCUCUGAGAACGCUUUGAAGCAGGCCAUUGAAUUGAAUCCUGAGAACCAGUAUAUCAAAGUUCUCUUGGCUCUGAAACUGCAGAGGCUGAAUGAAGAAGUGGAAGGUGAGAAAUUGGUUAAAGAAGCCCUGGAGAAGUCUCCUGGCCAGACAGAUGUCCUUCGCAAUGCAGCCAAGUUUUACCAAAAAAAAGGUGACCCAGACAAAGCUAUUGAAUUGCUUCUACGGGUGUUGGAAUCCAGACCAAACAAUCCGCACCUCUAUCACCAGAUUAGGUGCUGCUACAAGGAAAAAAUCAGACAAAUGCAGAUCACAGAAGACUCUGAUAUUAAUGGAAAAAAAGAGAAGAUUGAAGAACUAAAGCAAUAUGCUACAGACUAUUUGAAAAAAGCUCUUGAGAUGGGACUGGAUUCUCUGAGUGCAUAUUCUGAUCCCACUGAGCUCCCGGAAGAAGAACAAUAUUAUCAGAAAGAGUUCAAUAAGGAGGUCCCUGUCACUGAGCGGCAACAACUUCAUCAGCGCUAUUGCAACCCUCAGGAGUAUCACGAGAAGUCUGAAGACACAGCUGUCCGACAUCAUCUAGAGAGUUUGUCCAUAAGCGAAAAAUCAUCUGGGAAGGAAGAGUUGAAAUGCCAAAAGCAAAACACAGCUGAAAAUCUGCUUCCACAAAACACGCCAAAUUAUUGGUAUGAUCAAGGGUUAAUCCACAAGCAGAAUGGAGAUUUACUGCAAGCAGCCGCAUGUUAUGAGAAGGAACUGGGCCGCCUGCUGAAGGAUGCUCCUUCAGGCAUAGGCGUCUUGUUCCUAUCAGCACCUGAGUUUGAAGAUGGCAGUAGGGAAGUGCACCCAGGUCAACUUCAACCCAGAGGAGCUCCCCAACCCCUGAACUGAGACAGGAUGGAAACAGAGCAUCAGAAGGCCUACCAUGGUGGUCAUGAGGGGUAGAAGGGUAGGAAGACAGGGGUCCCCAACCUGGGGUUGCUGAGCAGUUUGGUCUUGCUUUAAAAUACAUUUUUAGAGAGUUUUCCUAUGUUCUGUGUCCUCUGUUCAUUUCAGCCACACAGUUAUCUAGUCAGCAGAUUUUAUCACAAAGUACUAGCAGCAACGAUGCUUUAGGCUACAUGUCAUGCUGGUUAGUUUUCAGUUUGCACUCAGUUUACCAUAUAACCCCCACCUCUGCCCUUCUUGUCAAGGCUUUCUAGUGGUGAAUGCCUCCCAAAAUAUCUUCAAUCUCACUCUCUUCAUCCAGCCUUCUGGGCCUGGAGGAUGAAUUUUUGUCUAGCCCUAGAAUAUUCCUUAUGUCUAAUGUUAGACUUCAACCAUGUAUUUUUUAUGUAUUCUUGAUAGUGGUUUUGUGACAUGUUUUCUUGAUAGUAAUGCUAUAAUAAAUAUAAGAAUUUCAACUCCAAA